AUGGACGUGACAUCACUACUGAACGUAGCGGCGGGAAACAAGCCCAUUAUUCGGAACAACACCACUGAAAGCACUUUUGCGACUAUCAUCGACAAGAAGAUUACAACUACCGCGUCCACGGAGAAGACUGCUUCUUCCAGGCGCACAAGCGACCCCCGAGCACCGCGGAACCGCACGCCAUGGGAUGCGGGCGGUUAUUCUCUUCCAUUAUCAGUAGACACCACCAAGAUUCCUGCUCCCUCCGCGAAGCCUGCGUUUUAUAGCGAGUCCGACGUAGACCAGUCGGCAUCCGCAAGUUCAUACGACUUGCCUUCAUCGGGCUGCCAUUCCAGGGCCAGCUCUCUUAGUUCUUUGGCACACGAGAUGGCGCACUCCGCCAACAUUACUCCGAUGACGAGUACACACCCCGGCCGAAUUGCACUGCGUUCGCGUCCAAGUAGUACAAGGUCAUUGGCUAACUAUUUCAGACACAGUAUAUCUGGUGACUCGGAUGCACAACUGACAGCAAGGCCUAAUUUGCCGCGUGAGGAUGAUGGCCAACAUGUCACGGGCGGGUUUCCCAAAUCCCCUAAGCACAAGUUUUCGGACAGCCAUAGUAGUCUGUCUUCCUACACGUCCUCUACACAAUCUGGAGGCCACUCUAGGAUAUCAUCGCUAUCCACAGUAAGCGGUAUCCAGCCAUUUACAUCCUUGUUGAACGAUGUGCCGGCCUUCGACACCAAGUUGGCAGAACACCAACAAAGCAUGACUGGACCUGCCAUGGUUGAUAUCCAGCCGCCCUCGCCGAGAACCAUUCCUCAGUCUGAUCCCAACGCACAAGGACCGUUGGAUCCUAGUUUGAAGGGUCCGGGGAGACCAGGAAGUCCAUCCGAUGCAAUCUUGAUUACUCGGGGUAUGGGCAGCAACAGGUCGAGUCCUACUGACGGUUUAAGCCCUCAUUCAAAACACCCGCAGGACAACCUCAACUACCUUUCACUACCUCAGGAUCAUCCCCAGUCAAGGACUCACAAGCGCACGGUUUCUGCUCCAGACUUCGCAGCCAUAUCUGCCCCUACUUUCCAACCGUUCCCUUCCGUUUCAGAGACGGCCCCGUUCCCGCCGCAGCAGCCGUACGCCAUGUCUCCCCCGCAGUCACCGCCGACUGCGGCUAAUCAGGAUGAGAUCAAGUGUAUGUAUAUCGAGAACUGCGACACCGGAUCCCAACCUCGUAAGGCCAUUUCCCACAUUUUCGGCCGCAACAAACUCUGCACCCGCAUGAUUCCUGCUCACGUCUGGGUUCACUUCUGCCGCAAACAUUACCAGCGCAGUCGUUAUCGCAACGCCCAUGAGUACUCGAAGCUUCAGGUCGACCUCGUUCAGAAGCAGAUCGCUCGCGUUCAGCAAUGGAGUGAUGAGAACGAGCGCGCAGGGAAGGCGGGUGUAGUAAACAGCUGGUCUUUAGCUAUCCGCAAGCGUGAGCAGAAGCGUCUGGAGGACAAGAAGGAGUCCAAGAAGCGCGCGUAUCAAGACGAAUCCGACGACGAGCAGCUUGAUGGUGCAAUGCUUAAUGGAACUGCCGUCCCCGAAUGGCUGCUAAGCAAAUGCGGUGCUGGUUACACGACUGUUGCUAUUCAGGAGAUUGUGGCCCAAUUAAAGACCGAGAUCGACAAUGGCGGUCUCAGCCAAAUCCCUGAUAUCGAGAUCCUGCCUACCAUCAGCAGCGACGGCCCCGACGAGAAGCCCAAGACUUAUCUUAAGCGAAAGACGAGCGGCGCCGCCGCCCACAAGCGUUCCCAAUCGAUGGGUGUAGCUCUCAGACCCGAGGCACUCCCCAUGGCUAGACGUGUCAGCCAGCCCAACACUUAUUGGGGUCAUGAAGGUUUCGAUGCCUCCUCCUUUGAUAAUCACCAUCGCGUUACUGACAUGGAAGCUGGCUACUUUGGAGACCGAAAUGCCAUGCCCGGUAUGCCUAGAGUUCCCUCCGGCAUGCGCCGUAUGAACAUCCCGCACCGUCCUGCAUUCGGCAACAUUCGCGAGGGUCACCCUGAGGAGGACUACUACCGACAACCUCAGAUGGGAUCAGGCCCCUUUGUAUUCGGCGCGGGUGGUCCUCAAGGCGGCCCUCUGCCUGCCCCGACUCCACAGCGUCGUGGUAGCAAGUCGAUGGCCUCCCAUCUCGAGACCUCAACGACAACCAUGCCAACAUACCCCGACCCUCGCCGCGCGUAUCACCAGCGGUCUCAGAGUGAGAUUGGUGGAUUCCACCAGGGACAGGCUCCCAACUACCGCCCUUCCUCAUCCUCUGGAUACGCCCCACCCGCCUAUGGCUACGGACCUGGCCCCGUUGAGCAAGACAGCUAUGAUGGCACUUACCCUCGUCCCCAUGACAACCCAUUCGUUCAGGGUGCCCAACCCAACUACUAUGAGGAUCCGCAACGGCAGUAUGCCUACGGAGCAUCACCGUUCCAGCCCAAUCCUGUGCCUCGACUCGGCCCGGUUGGCGUCAACAGGCACACCCGCCAUCAGAGCACUCCGAACGCACCCCGUGCCAUGCACCGUGCUCCCUCUACGCACGGCUUCGCGGUCGGCGCGAACAUGGCUCCUCAGCAUGACCAACGUGGCUAUGAGCGCACGUCUUCGGAGCACUCACGCCACUCCUCAUACGCCACGCCGCCCAUGCAACCCAUGCAGCACAUGCCGGAUGCUGCCCGUCACUGA